GCUGUGUGGUGAUGGCUUCCAACGGUGGAGCCUCCGGGAGGAUCCAUGCCCUCCUGCUCAAACUUCAUGAAGGUCUUUCAGAGGAGGACAGCCGAGCAGCGGCUCUGACAUGUCACGACACAGUGAGGGACCUGGGGCAGGAAUGCAUGUUCACAACAGCCCAGAAUGAGCUCGUUUUACAGAUGUCCCUGUUGUUCUCCAAAGACUAUGGACUGCUCAGUUCCCUCAGAAAGUCGCUGUCGUCAGAUGAGUUCAGGGACACCAGAGAGAAGAUCCUGUGUUUUCUGGGGACGUUCUUAGACAAGGUUUCAACCAGAGUCAAAGGUUGGGAGAAGACCUACGCCACUGACAUAAAAGAAACGUGCAUGGUCGUGUAUAUAAAGGAUAAAGUGGCCAAAUGUAGGACUCUGGUGCUGGAACUCCUCAUCAAGGUUCUCCAAACUUCGAAGUCUUCAAGUGUCGCUGCCAACUUCAAAAUCUGUGAAAUGUUCAACAAAUUCUACAGCGAGCUUUGUCAGAAGAGCAGACUGCCAGAUUCGGUACUUGGGAAAAUCUACGAGUUGCUGGGAGUUCUCGCAGAGGUUCACCCCAGUGAGAUGGUAAACAACUCCGACAAACUCUACAAAGCCUACCUGGGGGAGCUGAAGGAGCAGAUGACGUCUUCAACAAAGGAACCAAAACUUUUUGUUGUUGCUGGAUGUUUGAUAGGAAUCACCGCUCUGAUGGUCAACUUCACUAAAACCAUGGAAGAAGAUCCAGCAACGUCGAAAGAGAUUUUUCAGUUUGCCCAGAAGGCAAUCAACCCACAGACGGAAAUGACUCGUUAUGCUGUCACGUUUGCUGGGCUGAGGUUAUUUGCCAGACACGCCUCCCAGUUCAGCAGCUGCCUGAUGGAUCACUACAAGGCUCUGUUCGAGGUCAUGUCUAAGCUCUGUGGACACAUCAAUGCUGAAAUGAAGAAGACCAGUUACUUUGCACUUGAGGCCUUCCUCAAACAGGUUGCAUUGCUUGUGGCUGAAAACACAGAGGAGCACAAAAGUAAGCUGAAGUUCUUCAUGCUGAAGUUCUGUGGCAUCAUCAAGACAAUGGACUCGACACACAAGGAGCUGUCCAUUGCCAUUCGAGGAUAUGGAUUCUUUGCAGCUCCAUGUAAGAAAGUUUGCCCACAAGAUGUGGACCUGAUGUACACCGAGCUGAUUCAGCGCUGUAAGCAGAUGUACCUGACGGAGUCUGACGGGGAGGAAGACAGCUUCUACCAGCUGCCCAGCUUCCUGGACUCUAUUGCCAGUGUCCUGAUCCACCUGGAAAAGGUCCCAGAGGUGUACACACCCCUCCUUGAGCGUCUCCUCGUGGUGCAGAUUGACAGCUUCCCCCAGUUCAGUGAGAGAAUGCAGACGACUUGCUGCAGAUCCAUUCUGAAAGUGCUGGUAGCCAUCGCCUCUAAAGGACCUGUGCUGUUGAGUUUCAUCGGCUCAGUGGUUCACCAGGGCUUAAUACGAGUCUGUUCGAAGCCCAUCAUGGUCUCUGAGAACAAUGAAGGUGGAAAUGAUUUGUCUCAGUCUUCCCAAGUUCGAGUCGGAAAGUGGAAAGUUCCAUCUAGUGACAACUACCUUGGUCUGUUUAAAGGACUUUUAGACUGUGAUCGUUUGAAGGAUUCAGGAUAUUUUGACGGAGCUUUUCAAGCCCAGAACGCUUCUCUUGUGUCAUUGAGCCGCCUCAUUUACGACGAGUUGGUGAAGUCGAUUCUCAGAAUUGUGGAGAAACUGGACCUAUCUGUGCAGAAAGUGACAACAGGCGAUGAGGUCCUGGAUGACACAACACACAUCCUGCCUUCCUCUGACCCCACAGCUCAUUUGUUGCCCAAUAAAAUCAAGGACUUCACAGCAUUUAUCAACCUGGUUGAGUUCUGCAGUGAGCUGUUGCUGAACAAACACGUGGAGUAUUUUCACUCCUGGACGUAUCCCCUGAGCUAUGAACUUAUCCUCCAUUCCAUAAGGAAUCCACUCGUCAGUGGCUUUUACAAGCUGCUCUCCGUCACCAUGAAAAUCGCCAAGAGAAUAAAUUACUACCAGGGAGUCGGCCUAAGUAGCUCUACCUCCCCCCAAAGCGACGCAGAGAAAAGUGCUUGUUUCGCACUCUUCUCCAAGUUUGGAAAAGAGGUGUGUGUGAGAAUGAAGCAGUGCAAAGAUGAGCUGCUGUCAUCCUGCUUGACAUUCGUCCUCUCGUUGCACCACAACAUCGUAGCUCUGGACAUCAAGGCCUACUGUCCUGCUCUUGAGGCGGCUCUGAAACUGGGUCUGAGCCAUCCUCCUCUGGCCAACGCAGCCCUAGAUGCUCUUGAGGACUGGUCCUCCCACAUUCCUCUAGAGACUCUGCAGCCCUGCUACGUCAACAUCCUCCCUCUUCUGGACGGAUACCUGAAAACCACCACCAGUGAUAACAACGACGACAGCAACUGGGAGGUGAUGUCUUCUUUGUCUUCAAAAAGUGAUAUAGGAUACAGCAAAGUGAUGACGAGGCUUCUCAAGCAAUCCAAACAGAUCUCUACGGAAGAUGCUCCUAUUGUCAUGGUGAGGCUGAGGGUGGUGAAAUUGCUCGGCCACCUGGGAGGAGAGCUGAACAGGAACCUUGUGACCGUGGUCUCAUCAGAGGAAAUGAUGAAGAAAUUUGUGGCCUGGGACACGGAGAAUAGGCUGAGUUUUGCGGUUCCAUUCACCGAUAUGAAGCCGCUCAUCUACCUCGACCCAUUUCUGCCUCGCAUCAGUGAACUGGCUCUGUCCACGAGUGACAGACAAACCAAAGUAGCGGCGUGUGAGCUGCUCCACAGCUUGGUGGUCUACAUGGUUGGGAAGAGUGCCCAGAUGGUGGAGGUAAAGAAUCGUUUGUCGCCAAUGUACAAGCUCCACAAGAGGCUUUUUCCUGUGUUGCUGCGUCUGGCCUGUGAUGUCGAUCAGGUAACCAGACAGCUCUUUGAACCUCUGGUCAUGCAGCUGAUUCACUGGUUCACUAACAACAAGAAGUUUGAAAGCCAAGACACAGUAGCUGUUCUGGAGUCCAUACUGGAUGGUGUGGUUGACCCCAUGGACAGUACCCUGCGAGACUUCUGCGGCUGCUGCAUUGAGGAGUUUGUCAAAUGGUCAAUCAAACAAACAACCCCCAAGCAGCAGGAGAAGAGCCCCACUAAUAUGAAGUCCCUGUUUAAGCGGAUCUACAGCCUGGCACUCCACCCCAACGGGUUCAAAAGACUCGGUGCUGCUUUAGCAUUCAACAGCAUCUACAGACUUUUCAGGGAGGAAAAAUCCUUAGUGGAGCAGUUUGUCUUCGAAGUUCUGGUCAUAUUCAUCGAAAGUCUGGCUCUUGCACACUCAGAUGAGCGCUCUAUGGGUACACUGCAGCAGUGUAGAAGUGCCAUCGACCAUAUCAAAAGAAUCAUCAAACAAAAGGCCCUCAGUCUCAAUCAGCACAACGCUAAGAGACGUGUCCCAAGGGGCUUCCCUCCUGAUGAAAAGCUUCUUCUGUCAGAUGUGGUUUUAUGGCUUUUGGAACAGUGCGGCCGCCCUCAGGCCGAGUGUCGCCACAAAUGCAUGGAGCUUUUCUAUGAGUUUGUUCCUCUCCUCCCAGCAAAGCCGUCUCCAUCUCAGUGGCUGGAUGGCAUGUUAAAGGAUCACGGCGUAAUCUUCCUGAUCUCGCGGUUUGAGGGUGGAGGGCUCCUCUCCCAGCCCACCCUCAGGGACCUGACGGGCCCUUUCAGCGUCAGAGCCACGCUACAGUGGAUGGACCUUCUGCUAGCCUCCCUGGACUGCUACAACACAUUCAUCAACUUACACAUCAUCAAGCUUCAACACAUGCUUAGCUCCAAAGACGAGUCAAGUUUUCUGAAAGCGACAAAUUUCUUUUUGAGUGAGCUGGCAACCCAUGAACUGGCGGCAGCAGAGAGCUGUUUCCCUCUUGGCAGGAGGAGCACUCAUUUCAGCCCGAGAGAGGUUGACCAGUACAAUUACAGCAAGGGCACCAUCAUUGUUCGCCUGCUGGAGUUUGCCACAAUGAUUCUUGUAAAAGGAGACCAAGAGUUUUGGAAGUUUCUGGAGCAAAAUUUCUUUUGUGAAGUUUUUUUUGAGUUGACUGCGCUGGUGGUGUGUGAGCCAUCCGCUGUUGGCUUUAACAUGGCCGAUGUGGAAGUAAUGAAGAACUUACCAGAAGUGUGUGUUCCUCUGCUUAAUGCCCUGCUGAACUCAACGUACCAUGCUCGUCUUGAGAGCAGCUUGCGGACAAAGAUCUCACGUAAAAGUGUGGAGGAGUUAUGCGCCGUGGACCUCUACCAUUUAGGCUCUCGAAGCCUCCAUAGCCAGAUGGAAAUGCUUCUGUCUUCCUGUAAGCAAAUCCACAAAGCCGGCUUCCUCAGCUCCAUCCUGCACAGUGAGGAUCCAGCCUAUGCCAAGUCUCUUGGGUCCCGUCUUCUGAUGACGGUGUAUAAAGGCAUAGCACCAGGUGAGGAGAGGAAGGCCCUUCCAUCCAUGGACAUAAACACCAGGAGGGUAGCAGAUGGUCUGCUUCAGCUCUCCUUCUCUCUCAGUGAACAGAGUGAGCAGCUGGUGGACUUGCUGUUGAACACCAUCAUGCUCUCUGUUCCAAUAUCUGGAGGCCACAGCAGUAGCUUCCUGAGCUUCUCACAUGGCGAGUACUUCUACAGCCUCUUCCAAAUGACUAUCAACGACGAGCUGCUGAGAAGCCGCGAUGCCACAGUUCCACGCCUCAUGAGAGCUUCCUCCCAAAAUCCCGGCAUGGUGAGUGUGUUGCUGAAUGGCAUGCUGGACCACAGCUUUGGAGAGCGCUCUGUGAGGAAAACUCUGGGAAAGCAGCUGGUGGAAGAGGUGCUGAGAAGGUGGAGCAGUCUGCAGCCAUGGUGGGAAGGACAGUCUUCCACUCCAGAAAGCAAAACCGCUACUCUCCUACUGCUCUCCAAGCUCCUACAGAUUGACUCGUCGGUCUGCUCCAAUAUAAACCAUGAAGCUUUCAGACCGGUGUUUUCCACUUUCACUGUGCUGCUGGUUGACAUGAAUCUGCAACUGAACCUCAAGAGUCAGGCCCUGUUGGUGUUGCCCUUCUUCAUAACCCUCCCGGAGGAGCCACUUGCUGAACUGCAGCGAGCCCUUGACGUCCUGGUGGUGUCGCACUUCCCCAUGCAGUCCGAUGAGUUUGCUAAAGGCUCGCUUCACCGCAACAACUACAUGGACUGUAUUCGAAAGUUGCUGGAUGCCCUGGAGCUUUCUCAGAGUCCACUCCUGCUCAAACUGAUGUCAGGGAUUCUGUGUCGAGACAGAAAACACAUCAUGGAGGAGCAAUUCCAAACCUGUUUCCAGAGACUUGCAAAGCGAUCGAGCAGUGAGCGACAGCUGCAGCUGCUCUGUGCAGUGUAUGGGGUGGUCCAGCAGGGGGAUGUCCCUGUGAGCUCCAUGCUGCAGGCCAUGAUGGAGAGGGUUGUGCUGCCUCUGGCCUCUGACUGCAGCACCAAAGCCCUGACCGACUUCUUUGUGGCAAAUAUCAGUGACAUGAUUGCUUUUCUGCUCAGUCGCUUCACCAAGAUAACUGAAUCAACAUUUGAGAUCCAGUUGCUGAAAAAGAUCGGCUAUUACAAGCUGAUGGAGCUACUGUAUUGUCGGCUUCCCAAAGAAGAGGUUUACUCCAAGGAAUCCCGCAUCAAUCAAGCGUACUGUGGCUCGGACAAAACCGAGGGGAAUGAGUUGUCCAAGACACUGAUCAAGUCAUGUUUUGAAGCUUUCACUGAGAACAUGGCCGGUGAGACUCAGCUCCUUGAACUCAGGCGACAGCAUCACUGUGCUGCGUACAACUGUGCCAUUGCCGUCAUCAGCUGCAGCUUCAGUGAGGCCAAGUUCUACCAAGGCUUCCUCUUCAGUGAGAAACUGGAGAAGAAUCAGUUCAUUCUUGAAAAUAUCAUUGAUGUUGAAAGGACCUAUAACUUUCCAGUUGAAAUUGAGGUCCCACUUGAGAGAAAAAAGAAAUACAUCAUGAUUCGAAAAGAAGUGAGCGAGGAGAAUGGAGAAGCACCAGUUUACCUGUCCUCCCAGUCUUACAUGGCCGACAGCAGCUUGAGUGAGGAGAUGAGUCAGUUUGAUUUCUCCACCGGUGUCCAAAGCUUUUCCUUCAGCUCUCAAAACCCAGAAGGACAAAGACGAACCGUGGCGAAAACAGAGACAGAGGAAACAAAUUCUUCCCAGGAUGCAAUGGUGGAUCUAGAAAUGGAUGAGCUGAAUCAGCAUGAAUGCAUGGCGACCAUGACUGCUCUUAUUGGACACAUGCAAAGGAACAACAUCACUCCAAAAGUUGAACAGGGAAACAUGAUGAGUGAACUUCCUCCAUGGAUGAAAUUUCUACAUGGAAAACUUGCAAAUCCAGCAACACCUCUAAAUAUCAGACUCUUCAUCUCAAAGCUGCUCAUCAACACGGAGGAGGUGUUUCGACCAUAUGCCAAGCACUGGCUGGGGCCGCUCCUGCAGCUCGUUGUCACUGGAAAUAAUGGAGGACAGGGGAUCCAUUUCAUGGUGGUGGAUAUUGUGGUCACAGUGCUCUCUUGGACAAGUUUGACCAGUCCCAAGGGUAAUCCCAGAGAUGAGGUGCUUGCAAACCGACUGUUAGAGUUCCUGAUGAAGCACAGCUUUCACACCAAGAGGGCUGUUUUCCGACACAACCUGGAGAUCAUUCGCACUCUGGUAGAGUGCUGGAAGGACUGUCUGCAUGUGCCAUACAGUCUGAUAUUCGAGCGAUUUUGUGGCACCGACUCAAACAGCAAAGACAACUCGGUUGGACUUCAGCUUCUGGGAAUCAUCCUUGCCAACAACCUCCCUGCUUACGAUGCCUCGUGUGGAAUUGAGUUUGAGAGGUACAUCCAGUCUCUCACCAACAACUUGUCUUUUGUACGGUACAAAGAUGUCUACUCAGCUGCUGCUGAAAUUAUCGGCCUUAUCCUGAAGAAUACAACCGAAAUGGACAAUCAACAUCAAAUCAUCAGUCUUGCUGCAAGUAAGAUAACAAAUCUUAGAAGAACGGAAAGGGACGACAAGUUCAUUGUUUGCUUGAACAAAGUGUCAAAGCAUUUCCCCCCAUUUAUGGAUGGGUUUGUCAGUCAUGUGUUCUUCCUGCUGCCAAAGUUGCACGGCAUCUUAAAGACAGACUGUUUGGAGUGUGUGCUGAGCCGAGCUGACGUGAUCCCAGACAUCUUUCUGCAGCUAAAAACCACAGGCUUCAUUCAGAUGAUGGGUAACAGGGAUGAAGCAAGACAGAGAACAUGUCUGGAUAUCAUCCACAAGAUUAUUGGCCUGCUGACUCCAGUUCAGCUUCAGGAGUUCCUGGGAGCUGUGAUGUCUUUUGUCUCUCAUCCAUCACCAGUGUGCAGAGAGAGGAUGUACGAUAUCCUCAUGUGGAUCCAGGACAACUACAGUGAUGCAGAGAGCAUGGAAGACAACAUCUCAGUCGAGGUUUUGAAUGCAGCCAAAGAAACACUACUUCAGGGACUGUCUGAUGAAAACCAAGGCCUUCAGCUUUAUGUUCGGAACUUCUGGAGUCAGGAGAAGCGUCUUCCCACUGCGACCCUUGAACGAAUGUUGACGGUCCUUCGCUCCCUGUACUCGUGUCAAAUAGAGAGGUGUUUCUUAAGCUUGGUGACCAAUCUGCUGCUGGAAAUGACUAGCCAGAGUCCUGACUUCCAACGAAACAUGUUUGAGUAUCCUCUGUCAGAGUGCACCUUCCAGGACUAUGUGAUUGAUUCCAACUGGCGCUUCAGGAGCACGGUGAUGACUCCUAUGUUUGUCGCAACCCAAAGCACUCAGAGCACACAGAGUGUGGCAGCAUCGCAGGCCAUAGCCAUGAAGGGGAAGCUCAGAGCCACUCAGACAACACUUGAGUUCAGCCAAACCCAAACAGCAGGUCGACGCACAGCAUAUAACUGGCUGACAGGCAGCAGUGUGGAUACUAUGGCAGAGUACACAUCGGGCUCUGAAUCUCUGUCGUCACUGAUGGUUUUUGAUAAGAAAGCAGAGAGGCAAACUUCUGCAAGACGACCAGUAGGGGAAGGAUUCGGGCUGAAACGCCUUGCUGCACCAAGCGAUGAGGUGGACAGUCGCACUAGAGCCAACAAUGAGCAACGCAAUAACAUCCUAAGAUUGAGACGCAGAUUUCUAAAGGAUCAGGAGAAAGUCAGCUUAAGUUACGCGCAUAAAGAGAUCAGACAACAGAGGCAGAAAAAGGAACAAAAGGCAGACCUAAGGCUGAGAAAAGAGGCUCAGGUGACUCUCUAUCGUAACUACAGAGUGGGGGACUUCCCAGACAUCGAGAUCCCGUACAGCAGCCUCAUCACCCCCUUACAAGCACUCGCCCAGAGAGACCCAAUUUUAGCCAAACAGCUCUUCAGCUCCCUUUUUGCUGGUGUCCUCCAAGAAAUGGAUAAGAACAAACCAGGGGAGAGUGGGAGGAUUAAAGAAGAGCUGCGGUGCAACAUGAACACUUUCUUGAGCAAGAGUACGCUCUGCUUCCCUCCGUUUAUAGCAUGUGUGCAGGAAAUGUGCUAUCGGCAUAAGGAGCUGCAGCAGCUCGACCCAGCAUCCAUCAGCUCCACGUGCCUGGUAAGCCUCCAGCAGCCGUCGGGCAUCCUGCUGCUGGAGGACAGCCUGCUGCACGCCGGCUUCCAAGAUGAACCUCCCGCCAAACGGUCACGAGGACGCAGGGAAAUCCCCCCAGACACCAACAAAUGGAUCCACCUUGCAAAGCUUUACAGGUCGUUGGAGGAUUACGAUGUUGUGCGCAGCAUCUUCGGUGGUAAAGUUGGGACCAAGUCAAUCACCUGUGCUGCGCUUCAAGCUGAAGCCAACAGUGACUUUGCAGAAGCUGUGAAGCUUUAUAAUGAGGCCCUCAACACUGAGGAUUGGAGCGACGGUGAGCCCACCGACUCGGAGAAGGACUUCUGGGACGUGGCAGCGAUGGAGGCCUACAGUCAUUUGACUGAGUGGAAGUCUCUGCAGUACUGCUCCACAGUGUCCAUAGAUGAAAGCUCCCCACCCGACCUCGAAAAGAUGUGGUCAGAGCCCCUUUACCAGGACAUGUACCUGCAGCACAUGAUCCGCAGCAUGCUCAAGCAGCUGCAGAAGGGCGAUAGCGACCAAACACUUCUCAGCUUCGUGGACAAAGCCAUGAGGGUGGAGGAGCGUAAGAAGCUCCUGGAGAGUCAUUACAGCCAGGAGCUCAGCUUGCUCUACAUCCUUCAGGAAGACUUUGACCGCGCCAAAUACUACACCAACUACGCCAUGCAGCUCUUCAUCGAGAGUUACUCCAGUGUGGACUCACUGCUGACUCAGAGUCGACUGACCAUCCUGCAGUCAGUGCAGGCCUUAACUGAGAUCCAGGACUUCCUUUUCUUCAUUUCAGGACAGGUGUCAGUAAGCGGCCUCAAACGGCUCAUCAGAUUAUGGACUGAGCGGUAUCCUGACCCUAAAGUAGAUCCAGUGAACGUAUGGGACGAUAUCAUAACAUCUCGAUGCUUCUUCUUGGACAAGAUCAGGGAAAAGUUGAGAGGCAACGCCCCCAGCGACAGCAUGGAGGUGGAUGGUUCAGAGGACCCAUCAGGGGACAUCGACACGUUAGUAAAUGACUGCAAGUUCAACAUGAAGCUACACAUGGCCAAUAGUGCACGGAAACAGAAUAACUUCCCCGUCGCUACCAAGCUGUUGAAGGAACUUCACAGAGAAGCCAAAACUAAGAGAAGCUUGUUGAUACCUUGGGUCCACAGUUUUAGCCAGUACAGCCAUAAACGCAGCCAGACUCAGGGUCCCGUUGAGCAAAUCAUCACCGUGCUGAAGACUAUCCCGCUACUGGAGGACCUUCGGCCUGACUGUGAGAACACCACAGCUAAAGUAUUUCGAAAUCAAAAGAUGCUCCAGGGUACCUCCUUCCACAUCCUGGCUACAGCUGUAAGCAAGAGCCCCUCGGUUCUGGAAACUACUGAACCUGACAAAGCAGAGAAAGUCGUCAGGCUUUCUGGAGCUGCUUGGCCAGUUGAAGAUCCAAAGAAAGUGGAGGAGGGUCUGCAGUUACGAGCGCUGAAGCUGCUUUGUGAUGCCACCAGAAAGGCUGAUGAAGAGCUUCAGUCUUAUAGUCAGGACUUUGUGGAAAGCAGCAGCAUCACCGGGACAUACAUGGCUUUGGCCAACUUCAGUGACAAACUACUACGAGAGGAAGAGCAGAGGGACACCGAGAGUCAGUUUCCAGACUUUCUGACACUAACUGUUCAUGUAGUGGACAGCAUGUUGAAAGCACUGAAGAUGAACUCAGAGGAAGCUCGUCUCAAAUUCCCACGUCUGCUGCAGAUCAUCGAGCUGUACCCCUCGGAGACACUCGACCUCAUGACAAAAGAGAUGACAUCAAUUCCCUGCUGGAUGCUUAUUAGCUGGAUCAGUCAAAUGGUCGCCCUGUUGGACAAGCCACAAGCUGUGGCAGUGCAACACUGCAUCAGGCAGAUAGCAGAGUGCUACCCUCAAGCCCUGGUUUACGCUCUCAUGAUCAGCAGCGAGAGUUUUCAGUUUGAGGACUCUGCAACAGGACACCAGCAGCAGGAAUUUGUCAACAGGCUCAGGGGCUUGCUGGAUAAGGGAGGAGCUGUGAAGAAAUUUGUGGACGCGCUGCAGCAGCUCACAAAUCCUGAGAUGAUUUUUAAGGAUUGGUGGGAUGGUGUGAAAAACGAACUGGAAAAACAGAGCUUUGACAAGAAGCAAAUGUGUGACCUGUAUGAUGAGAUGCGCUCUUCGCUUGGGGAUCAGGACGCAGAGGGUCAUGGGACGUUUCGCAAAAAAUUUAUCAAGAGAUUUGCCAAAGAUGUGGAACAGCUGCUGGGAGCUAAAGGCAGCAAGCUGUUUGAGAAGAGGAAAAGCGAUUCGUUUUUGCGGCAAGUGGAUGAGCUGGCAGCAUCCAUGCGUGGAUCUCAGACAGAACCUGGGAACUUAAAAGAGUACUCACCUUGGCUCAGUGGGUUUAAAGCGGACCUGUUCAGCAAUGAGCUGGAGAUCCCAGGACAGUAUGACGGCCGAUCAAAGCCUUUGCCAGAGUACCAUGCAAAAAUAACAGGCUUUGAUGAAAGGAUUAAGGUGAUGUCCUCCAUCCGCCGCCCCAAAUGUCUGAUCAUCCGUGGGGAUGACGAGCGGGACCACCCCUUUCUGGUGAAGGGUGGGGAGGACCUCCGCCAGGACCAACGCAUCGAGCAGCUUUUUGGCGUCAUGAACAUUUUAUUGAGUUCCGACGCUGCCUGCACACGCAGAGGCUUGCAGCUGCGCACCUAUCAAGUCAUUCCCAUAUCCAGAAGAAUUGGUCUGAUUGAAUGGAUGGACAAUACUUGUACUCUGAAAGACUUCCUGAUCAGCACAAUGACUGAGGAGGAACAGCACACAUCAAAGAGGGCUCCUGAAGUCUACAAUAAAUGGCUCUCAACCUUUGCUCCGAAAUUGAGUGGUUACAAACUGUAUGCUCACGCUUACAAGAAUGCAAAGCGUGCCGAUGCAGUGAGCAACUUUUUGAAAGUGUUGCAGCAUGUGCCCAGUGAUCUGCUGAAGAGAGCUUUUCUGAAGAUGUGCAACAGUCCAGAGGCCUUUCUCUCCCUGAGAUCUCACUUUAUCAGCUCUCAUGCUUUGCUGUGUGUGAGCCACUGGAUUCUGGGCAUUGGAGACCGACAUCUCUCCAACUUCAUGAUCAACAUGGAGACAGGGGGCAUGAUCGGCAUCGACUUUGGUCACGCAUUUGGUUCAGCCACACAGUUCCUCCCUGUGCCGGAGCUCAUGCCUUUCCGCCUGACCAGACAGUUUGUCAAUCUGAUGCAACCCUUGAAGGAGUCUGGUUUGAUCCAGAACGUCAUGGUUCACUCGCUGCGAGCCUUCAGGGCUGACCCGGACCUUCUGCUCAACACCAUGGAUGUUUUCGUUAAGGAGCCAUCGCUGGAUUGGAAGAACUUUGAGCUGAAACAGCUGAAGAAAGGAGGGUCGUGGACAAAGGACAUAAACACCAAAGAAAUCAACUGGUAUCCAUUACAGAAGGUGAAGUUCGCAAGAGAAAAACUAGAAGGAGCAAAUCCAGCUGCUAUAACUAGUGAGGAGCUGAAGCUGGGCUUUGAGAAGGACCCGGCGUUUCCAGGCAUGCAGUCUGUGGCUCUGGGAUCUCAAGAGCACAACAUCCGUGCUAAACUUCCACCUUCGGGCCUGUCUGCAGAGAAGCAGGUGGAAUGUCUGCUCGACCAAGCCAUGGACCAGAAUGUGCUCUGCAGGGUUUGGGCAGGCUGGGAGCCAUGGUUCUGAUUGUUUGAUCUGGGUCGUACAAAUAUCUAGAAUGUCAAAAAAUUUGUAGGAAAGGAAAUCUGUGAUGUUUAAAGAUUCUUGUAAUCUCAAAUGCUUCUCCCUUUGAUUUCAUGUAUUGUGUCAUGGCAGUUUGUCAGAGAGGAUCCACAUAUUAUCUCAUACUGAACAAACAAAAGCUUGAAAGAAAGAUGGGAUUUGGUAAUUGUAAUAGAUCAGGAUCUUUUUUUACUUAAAAUAAAUCGGAGUAAUUGUU